AAUGCUAAUUAGACACGAAGAUUAGCCUGAAGCGAUUCCUGAGCCGGGUCGGUGGUCAGCCAACCGCGGUCAGAACCGCGGACACGAUGCGUGCCAACGGACGCGCCCGGCCCGCUUGCGUCCGCGCAUCCCUGCGCCUCUGCUACCUACUCGCGAUCGUACCGCUCGCAGGCUGUAUCGAACACGGAGUCCCCAUAGAAAUCAAGAUAUGGGACCACGACAGGACACCCUUGUCGCAAAUGGUUGACAUCACGAACGAGUUCGGCUUGAAAGUGCUCGCGGAACACAACUUUUUGAACGACAACAACAUAGCCUUCUCCCCGUACGGGCUGAUGGGGAUCCUGGUAGCGCUGUACGAGGGAGUGGACGGCGAGUCCUCGUUUCAAAUUCAACGAGGGAUGCAUUUACCUUGGAACAGGAAUGUCAUGAGGAUCGGCUUUCGGGACAUACACCGAACAUUGAAAACUUACUUUGUACCCGAAGAAGGAUUCCUCGCAGGUUUAGCUUUAAACAACGAAAACGUUACUUUUAACGACAGUUACAAGAAAAUAUUGAGGUUUUACGGAUUCGACUUGGACAACGAUCAACUGCCCACGUUACCGCCUGGAAACGACACUGCAGCGAUGACCACGACCAUGAGUCCCGCAAAUGGUAGUGAGAGCACUACGAAUCCUAUGUCAACCGACAGCCAGCCUAGCCGCGAGGAUCAAUCCACGACAACAACCAAAGAGGAGACAACACCUAAUCCAAAUGCUGAAACCAUAGCCGAAGUCGAUAUUCGAGGACCUAUGACAACCACAAUGAGUCCUUCUUCUGCACCUAACGCUGAAGCCACUACACAGCCUGAGACACCUGCUACUACGCCUGCUGCGCCAACAUCCUCUACUACUCAAAUGAUGGACACAACUACAACAAUCAUGACGACUGUCACAACCACGGAAACCAGUCCACCAUCUACUGCUGAAAUAACAACCACAACUACCGCAGCUACGGAACCAGUGGCGCCGGACACUACACCUGCUCUUACAACUUUGCCGGACGAGCCAACUGUGAACAAUGAAGUUGAUGCUCAAACGACCCCAGAAAUAGGAACGAGUGCAUCUACAGAAGUAAAUGCAGCUGAUACUACAAUAAUGACAACUAUGGCUCCCUCAAGCAGCGUCCCAACUGAAACUGAAACUACUUCAGUGGCAGAAUCUGAACAGACUACAACUACAAUGUCGACGACGGACAUGAAUGAUUCUGACUCUACCACACAAAAUAACGAAUCUUCACUAGAAACACUGCAACGUCGAAAAAAAUCUAUCGUAGACUUUAUUUUCACAAAUCCGCCUUAUAUUGACGACUAUUUAGUUUACAGAUCUUAUGACGUAGGCAUGGACCUGCCGAUACCGAAUUUUGACGAUAAAAUGUUCCUUGCAAAUGGGCUGCGAAGUGUACAGGUGACGUACAUGCACUACGACAGUAUAUUGGAGCACGCGUAUCUGCCUCAUUUGGAAGCGUCGGCGCUCCGGCUGCCGCUGGAUAGCGAGCGGUAUUACCUGCUGGUGGUGCUUCCGUCGCGGCCCGGCGCAGUGCAGCUGGGCCGCCUGCUCUCGAGGAUGGCGAGGGAGUCGGACCUGUCUGACGUUUACGCGGCCCUCCGCCCGCGGAGAGUGCGAGCGGUCGUGCCCAGCUUUACGGUCAAAGGACACGUCACUUUAACGACAGAUUUACAAAAGCUGGGCAUCCGCGACGUGUUCGAGCCACGCCAGAACGACUUCACGCCCAUGACGCGGCAGGCAGGCGUGUACGUCCGCAGCAUCGAGCAGGCCGUCUCCGUCGCCAUCAGAAAGUACCGCCCCGACGAACAAAAGAAGAACAGGUACGUGACGAACCGGCAGCCAGUGACGUUCACCGCGACAUACCCCUUCCUUUACUUCGUGAUGGACGCCAGUAUACACGUCGCGCUUAUGGCGGGGAAAAUGGUGGACCCGCUCAAUACAAGGAUAUUAUAGA